GGGAUGACAAGUCACAGCUCACUCUCAGUUGAACCUUUUCUUCUGCAAGAAAAUAUCAGUGCUGAGGAGCUGAGUAGGCUACUUAAACAAGUAGGCUUUAUGUAACUUUUUUUUUUGUAAUUUUAUGGCAGACCCCUCUGCCCCCCCAUCAUUAUGGACUGUCCUGACCUGCUGGGCAAUAUGGGUCUAAAAUUAGGAGUUCUGGCGGAGUCGCAUUCAACUGCUUCUUUCUGGAACCAAUCAAAACUCUGAAACUUGAAGGGAUUUUCACUUUGAAGGAGCCUGGUUUUCUUCUUAAUACCUGUUUGAAGUGAUUUUUGAUUUUAGCUGAGUGCUUCUUUCACACCAAAAGUUAAAAAUGCCGUUCAUGCCAGUGAAGUUUAACUCGCAAAAGCGGGUAAAGCUGGCUCAGGGCCUAUGGCUGAUCUACUGGCUCUCGGUCAUCGUGGGGAUCUUUAUCUUCAGCCUCGGCAUCUUUUUUAAGAUCGAGCUGCGAAAGAGAAGCGAGAUGAUGGACAAUAAUGAGAGCCACUUAGUGCCCAACCUGUUGAUCCUGGUUGGUUUGUUGGCCUGUGGGAUCAACGCCUUUGGAGGAAAGGUGUGCCACGACUCUCUGGACCCUGUCAAAUUUGCAAAAUGGAAACCAAUGUUGAAGCCAUACCUGAUGAUGUGCUGCGGCUUCAACGGGCUGUUGCUGUUGACUGGGUUGCUCUGCUUCCUCAUGCAGUUUGCCGUGUACCUGACACUGGCUGAGGGCCUGAAGAAUAGCAUCAAGUUCUAUAAGGACACAGACACGCCAGGACGUUGCUUCAUGAAGAGGACGCUUGACAUGACACAGAUCGAGUUCCGCUGCUGUGGCAACAACAACUUCAGGGACUGGUUCGAGGUGCAGUGGAUCAGUAACCGCUACCUGGACAUGAGCAAUGAUCUGGUCAAAGAUCGCGUCCUCAGUAAUGUGGAGCAGAAGUACCUGAUGGACAGCGUACCGUUCAGCUGCUGUAACCCUGGUUCCCCACGGCCCUGCAUCCAGCAUCACCUGACCAAUAACUCUGCCCACUAUGACUAUGACCACCGCAUUGAGGAGCUCAACAUCUGGACCCGCGGCUGCCGUGAAGCCCUCUUUUCCUACUUCAGCAGUAUGAUGUCAAGCAUUGGAAUACUAGUCUUAGGCACCAUCAUCCUAGAGUCUGCAGACAUGGCAGGGUUAAAGUACCUCACUACAGCUCUGGAGACAAUGGAGGACCCAGAGAAUCCCGAGUGUGAGAGUGAGGGCUGGCUGCUUGAGAAAGGCGUGAAGGAGACAUUCGGCGAUCUGCUAACCAAGAUGAAGACUCUGGGUAAGGGGAACCAGGUGGAUGAGGGAGGAGACGCACAGGAGGCUGCCACCUGAGAGCCCUGCCCACCACAAAAGACUGAGGUCGCCCCCCUUCUCCCCCACCUCUGCACGCCUCUCCCAUUGAUAACAGGGAGCAAGAGAGUAGAGGUCUCCUCAACCAUCUGUUCCUAUGCCAUCAUAUAUGAGUUAAAAUACCACAAACACACACACACACACACACACACACACAAACACAAACUAAUUCAAAGUGAACAAGCUGUUUAAAGUAACUGUGAAUGUUAACCAUUCUGUAAAUAUGUUGAACAGAGUUUAUUUUUAAACCGGAGGAGCAGAAACCUGCUGUUGUAAAUAAAAACGCCUGGGUUUUAAAAUUAUUACUAAAUACAAAAAUUAAAUCAUCCCCCCUUCCCCCUCCUGAACCAGAGGUUGCUUCCAGUCAGACACCGACAGGCCUGAACAAUCGAAACCCUUUUUUACUGAAGCCCGACCGAUUUACCACACUACUGAUCUGUGAUCAGAAAACAGCUUGUCGCACAGAUAACAAAGAUGUCUGAGAUUGAGUAGAAACUUUAACACUUCCAAUUUGUCUUGCUGACCGCAAAGUACAGGUAUUCUUAAACCACUGAUUGAAUAUGAAAUAUAAACAAGGAAAGACUCCUGCCAAACAUAUGUAUUUAUGUGAAAUAAACUCAACUUUAUAAUCAUUUAUUUUUAUGUCCCAAUUUUGUUAUCUGUGUGUCAGACACAUACGAUCGGUCGGACUCUGGUCUUUACUGUCUGACCUCUGACACGACAUUGAAACAGACGGCCAAACAUCUGGAUAAACAAGGAGGGCAUGGUGAAAGCAGGUACAUUCAGAGGCAUUUGCAGAGGUAAAUAGAGAGGUAUUAACACCGAGGUAAAUACAUAGGGAAAUGCAGUUAUAUCCAGAGGUAAAAACAGAGGUAUAAACAGAUAAAGGUAGGUAGCUAAAGGUAUAAAGCUGUAGACAGGUUAUAUGCAGGCAGGUAUAUACUAAGAAGGAAUGUUCAUUCAGCUUCAUAAGUCUUCAUUCAAAACAUUUCAAUUAUUUUUAUUGAAAAAUCAUCAUAAAGACUCCACUUGUUUGCUGAUAAAGUGUGCCGUGUGAACAACUACAGCUUCAGUUUCCUCCGUCAAAGGAACGCUAACAUCUGCUGCUGUGAGCAUAUGAUUAGUGGCGCGUGUUGGGCCAGGACUGAGCAUGGCAGACUGAGUUCAGGGUGAGAAUGUCCUGUUGUGGCCGUCUGGUUCCCUGUCAGAGUGAUGCUGGUUCAGACUGCAACAGGAACUUUUUUUAUACUCUAACAACGCAGCCAAACCAACACACAAGCUUUGAUGAGGAGUUCAUUUGAAACUGUACAUUAAUAUUCAGCGUUUAACAAACAGGAAGCUGCAUCAAAGGGAGUGUGUGGAUCUGGUCUGUGUUCAGUUCUACAGAGGUAACUUCAGAUAAGCUGUAUAGAGAUUUAAGAGUAUUCCAGUUUUCAGUGACAGGUUGUAAUAUUUGUAUGUCUGUUUUUUUUUCUUUUUUUCCUUGUAAUAUGGACAGUUGUUACAUUUUCAGCCAGUUGUUGUGGGUUGGUUGGAGCUUGUAGUUGCUCCGUUGUGUAUGAAAGUAUUAUAAAGAGAUUGUGAAUGAC